AUGUUGUGGGCGAGUACCCCGUAUCCUGUGCCAAUAGGAUGGCUGUACAUCGCCGAAACAUUUCUCCAGGACCUAAUACGGAUCACGAGCGUCGUCGUCUUAAGCGGACCAAGUCCAGUCAACGGCACCGUCAUAUUCCAGCCGUCCAGCUAUGAUGGACCCGUUCAUGUAACGGGACGCAUUGUAGGGCUAGAUCCCUCAGCCUUACGAGGUUUCCAUGUCCACACCUCCGGGAACCUCACAGACGGCUGCACAUCAGCGGGAGAACAUUAUAACCCAUUCAACACCACGCACGGUGGUCCCACCGAUCCCAUAACCAAAAGGCACGUAGGCGAUCUCAGAAAUAUCCAAUCAGAUGCGAGCGGUGUUGCGGUGCCGGGUAUUACUGAUGAGAGUAUUUCGCUGAAUGGACCACUGAGCAUUAUCGGACGUUCCAUGGUCGUUCAUGCGGGGACAGAUGAUCUAGGGAAGGGCAGAACGAACCUGUCGUUGACGACUGGAAAUUCUGGGGCAAGAGCCGCGUGUGGAGUUAUUGGUACGUGUUCUUGUAGGUGUUUUCGCGAUACGUCUCUGAUACAGAGAACUUUUCUAGGAUUGUCAUAGUGCCGAGCUUUGAAUUGGAUCUUUUUAGCUGUGUGAAUAUGUUACUGUUCCCUACACUCCCAGCAGAGUAUCGUCGUUAUGGACAUCACUUGAUCAUUGUUCUACCACCCUAAUACCAAUGAAGUCGACUGUUUUUGUUCGGAUCACCAUUU